AUGUCUGACCGUGCGCGUUCGCAGCAACAAGUUUCCUUCAGUGAUUUGGAUGGGCAAGAAAGAGCUCGAAGAUUUACAAUCUCAGCUCAACCUUCUGCAGUCAACCUAGCUUCUGGAAACACAUCACAAACGGCUCUUCCAAAUACAAAUGGAGGAGGAGGAACGAAUUCGAGAAAUAAUUCGAUUGUUUUCGGUCCAAGUUCGCGCAAGCAUUCUCAUCUUAGUCAUUCAUUAUCAUCAGCAAGCGGCCAACCACUCCCACAAUCCACAUCUACAUCAAGAGAUAACUCAACUGUUUCAAAUGAUGUGCUACUGUUUUUCGCUUCAAACUCCCAUCUGAAACAACCUUCUUUAUAUACGGGUUAUAUUUCUUCUGGUGGAUCUUCAAGGGUUGCAUCUCCAGUGUUGGAAUCCCCACCUCUUUUACCACUGAAUGUACUUAAAUCUUCAUAUCUGAUUGAUUCAGAAAAUUCAUCUAAACCAAACGGUGGGAAGAUUUACAGAGCCACUUCACCACCACCACCUCCAUUUGCUGGAGUUCAACAAUUAUCUUUAGCUGCAGCAACCCCUCCACCUCCAUCUACAACUUCAUCUAUAUCGUCUCCUCCACAACCUAUUAGCAUUAAUAACUUGGAUGUACCGGCGAAAAAGACAUCCAAGAAAACCAUAGUUGCAUCGCCAGUUGGCCCUCCAGUGCCCUUUCAACAAUAUCUUACAAAGGAAGAUGAUGGGAAAUUCCAUAUUCUUUUGGGAUGUACUGGAUCAGUGGCCACAAUCAAAGUUCCAUUAAUUAUUGAUAAGUUAUUACAAACGUACGGUACUUCUAAAGUAUCUAUUCAACUUGUCGUUACAAAAGCAGCUACACAUUUUUUGAAAGGAUUAAAAAUUCAUAACGAUGUGAAGAUUUGGCGUGAUGAAGAUGAAUGGGUAAAUUAUAAUGACCCUAAUCUUGUUUCUUCCACAACUACUGAAUCAACCAGUCAACUCAAUUUGGCAGCUAAGAAACCAAAGAAUCCAUUUGAUAAGUUGAUUUUACAUAAUGAAUUGAGGAAAUGGGCAGAUAUCUUGGUAAUUGCACCUCUUUCCGCCAAUACUCUUGCCAAAAUUGCUCAUGGUAUAUCUGACAAUUUAUUACUUUCCAUCAUAAGAUCUUGGGGUCCUUCUUCUUCAAAUGUGAAGAAACCAAUAUUAGUGGCUCCAGCAAUGAAUACGUUUAUGUACACUCACCCCAUGACAGCAAAGCAACUAUUACAAAUUUCUUCACCUGAAUAUGGGUUUGGAAUUGAAAUAUUGAAACCAGUUGAAAAAGUAUUGGUUUGUGGAGAUAUUGGAAUGGGUGGUAUGCGUGAAUGGCUGGAUAUAGUUGAUAUUGUUCGUCGACGCAUUAAUGCUUUGAAGAAAGCUAAUGAAGAGAAUAAAGACACAACUGCUGAGAAAGCUGGAAAUGGAUUAAUAGAUGAGGAUGACGAUGAGGAUGACGACGAAGAAGAGGGUGAUGAUGAUGGUGACGAUGACGAUGAAGAUGAUGAUGAUGAAGAUGAUGAUGAAGAUGACGACGAAGAUGAUGACGAUAACGAUAAAACUAACUCGCUGAAAUCGAUGAUAAAUCACACCAAAGAUAAAACAGAUAUGAUAUUUGAUUUGACUGACGAUCAAACUACCUAUAUUCCACCCGAGACACAGAAUAUCAUCUAG